AUGUACAGAAGAAAAAAGGUUGUCAAAGAAGAAAAGCCAAAGAUACCGGACACGCUUGAAGGCUUUGGUUAUGUCUUGAAAGAGAAUGGAGAGAUCAGAAGCAAGACAACAGAUGAACCAUAUGUAUUUGAAUAUUUACCCAAAGACAGACCUUAUAAUGAACAACGUUAUAAAGCAUUUAUUAAUCUCAUUGGAGAGGAAGUAGAAAAGAGACUUGUAGAGGAGCCUUUUAAUUUCCAAAAAAAGAUCAUUCCUGUCGAUGCUGAUCCAGCCAAGGAUCCUCACUCCUAUAUUUACAUGACACCUAAUGCUUUAACAACCACGGAUAAAUUGAUUCUCUUUAUUGCUGGCAACAAUACAAGAAUUGGGCAAUGGAGUAGAAGAGUGAUGUGUGAUGAAAACAUCUAUGCAGGAUCCGUGAUGGAUACAACCAGAAGAGUAAGAGAGAAAGGGUAUGAAGUCAUCAUCUUCAAUCCCAAUGGGAAUUACUGGUAUAACAACAGAGCAUGGGAAUAUCCAGAACCACAUAGCGUCAACAUUACACUUGUGCCUGGUAGUGAAAGCCCUGAAGAACAUUGUCAUUAUGUAUUUGACCAUUUUAUAAGGCAAGUUAAAACACGUGCGCAGAAAUUGGCUGCAUUGACACUUGACUGGGGAGGACAUGCGUUAACUCAAGCUUUGGAUGUAAACUUUGCUGAAUACAAGAAUAGAUUUAUAUGUACAGCCAUGGCCAACAGUGUUCACUCGAGAGAUAUGAUUAAGAACACUAGUCUUCGUACAUGGUUAUUUGAUAACUGCGUCAACUGGACUGUGAGCCAAAAGGAAAAAGGAGGGAUAAUUACUGAUCCCAGAUUUGGCUGCACAUGCAUUUCGUCAAAUCAGGAAAUUGCAGAUUUCACUUUGACAGAAUGCAUAGAUGAUAUCAUGAACUUUAUAUUCGUCAAGAUGGGAGACAUUGAACCAGAAAUAAAAGACGAUGAAGAUGAAUUUGAAAAUGAUGUUACAGAGGAGCAACUGGAAGAACUAAAAGAGCAUUUGGAAAUCACAAGUAUUCAAUAA